UGUUGACUAGAACUCACUUAAUAUAAGACUGACAAAUAUCUGCUCCAAAUCAUCUACUGUUUGUAUAAUUACUGAUCGUCAUUGGUAGCAUUAAAAUUUGUCAAUUAAAUUAAUCGCAUUCGAAUAUUGUGAUGUAUCUCACUUGUGUUACUAAAAUAGAACUCUCGCACAAUGGCGAUAUUCAUAUUAACCUUAAUUUAAAAUUUAAGCUUUUGAUCACCCGGAAGACAUAGGGUAUUUAGGCUAUGGCAAUGAAUUCUGAUUAAAUCAGGUGAAACUAGAACGGAGGUUUCUCAAAUCUUAACACAUGGAUAGUAACAAUUGAGUUUCCUGCAAAUCUCCAAUGCAUGUAACUAUAACAACAAUUGUUUAAUCAAUAGUGCACCUACAAGUAAGGAAUAGACAUUGCCAAUGGAUUUUGACGGAUCUAGCCUUUUAAAACUCGCAGAACUUCUGAAGCCGCAAAAGGAAUUUGAUACUGAUUCGGAUUCAGAGGAUGACGCCCGUGAUCCCAAAGAGCCAGAAUGUAAGGGAGGAAAGACACCAAAGCAAAGCGUGUACAGCAAAUUACCACCAGAAAAGCCAAAAUUUGACGUAAACGAUCCAGAAUCCGAGGAAGCGUUAUAUUUUUCGGAACAAUCGUGUGCAAACUCAGAUUGGAGAAAAACGCCGCAGUGGGAAGUCGCGUAUAAACAGCAAGUGUCCGCUUCCGAUGUAUUUUUGCAAAUGAGCGGAAAAUCUACAUCUACGGCUAGUUGUGAGGACAUGAUAAUUAAAAUUAAUUUACCGGAAGAGGAUUUUCGCAAUAUCGAUCUGAAAAUUACGGAAACUUGCUUAAAAUUGGUGUCGCCCAAAUACAAACUUGAAGUACCGCUUCCUCAACCGGUAGAUCCCCAGCGAGGAAAUGCACAAUGGGAUAAAGAUGCCGAAAAACUCGUCGUCACGCUCAGAAUGAAUCGAGAAUUUGAUUUUAUCAAUUUUUAACUUUGUACCUAGGGCUUUUAGAUUAGUUAUUAUAAUUUGAUGCAAAAUGUUCGUAAAAUUCUUGCCCUCAGAUGUCUAACAGAAAUGGAAAAAAUUUUAGGAAUUGGGAUAUAUUUAUUCCAAAGACCUUGACUUUGAUUAAUACAACCCAAAAGUUAGUUAAAAUCAUUUGUGGAAUU